UAUGUUACGCAUGCGCAACGCGCCAUUGAAGGAAACGGUGAGAAGCGAGUGAAGUGGGUCGGGACUUGACACGAAAUCUGAGAUUUGACUUCUGGCUUCAUUCACAGCUUUGACUGUGAGGAUGUAAGGCUACGGCUUGCGGACAAAGACUUUUUUACACCAUGGUUUUGUGAACAGCUGGUGAGAUUUCUGAGGAUAAUCCAGGACGUACACAGGAUCUGCACAGCACCACCGCUGGCACGGUAACUUGGGACAGAGGCAGGGCUCUCCCGCUAGCUGCCACACCAGCUAACUCCAGAUCCUGUCAUCUUUCCUUCUGAAGCUUGAGAGGUUUGUGAUCAGCUGAAUUGUUUUUUACUGACUCUGUGAAGAUCAUCUCUGCACCAGCUUCCUGAUGAUGUGAAACUGUGUCGACAACAUACGCAUACAUUCUCAGAAAAGUGCAGCCAGAGACAAAUAUCAAGAUGUCUAUCACCAACACACCCACCAGCAACGAUGCUUGCCUGAGCAUCGUGCACAGCCUGAUGUGUCACAGGCAGGGCGGCGAGAGCGAGACAUUCGCCAAGCGGGCCAUCGAGAGCCUGGUGAAAAAGCUGAAGGAGAAAAAAGAUGAGCUCGACUCACUCAUCACAGCUAUCACCACCAACGGGGCUCAUCCCAGCAAGUGUGUAACCAUUCAGCGGACACUUGAUGGGCGGCUACAGGUGGCAGGACGUAAAGGGUUCCCUCAUGUAAUCUAUGCCCGGCUGUGGCGGUGGCCUGAUCUCCAUAAGAAUGAGCUGAAGCACGUCAAAUACUGCCAGUUUGCCUUUGAUCUCAAGUGUGACAGUGUGUGCGUCAACCCCUAUCACUAUGAGAGAGUGGUGUCUCCUGGCAUAGACUUAUCAGGACUGACCCUGACCAGCUCUGGACCCAGCUCAGCACUGAUGGUUAAGGAUGAGUAUGAUUUUGACGGACAGCAGAGUCUACCCUCCAUCGAGGGAGGGCACUCCAUCCAGACCAUCCAGCACCCCCCAUCCAGCAGCCGCCCGGCUCCCUCUGAAUCGUUCGCAACCCCAAACCUGCUCCCACCUGCUGAGGCCUCCACCUCUGCAUCGUCGUCGUCCUUCCCCGCCAUUGCUGCUGGAUCAGGCAGUGCCAGCUCCACCUGGUCCAGGAACAGCAGUUUCACCCCCAAUAUACCCCACCACACCAACGGUCAUUUACAGCACCACCCCCCUAUGCCACAUCCUACACACUACUGGCCAGUGCAUAAUGAGCUCGCCUUUCAGCCUCCUAUAUCCAAUCAUCCAGCUCCUGACUACUGGUGUUCCAUUGCCUAUUUUGAAAUGGACGUUCAAGUCGGGGAGACGUUUAAAGUGCCCUCCUCUUGCCCCAUCGUGACAGUGGAUGGCUAUGUCGACCCCUCAGGAGGAGACAGGUUCUGUCUGGGUCAGCUCAGUAAUGUACAUCGCACUGAGGCUAUCGAGAGAGCGAGGCUUCACAUUGGUAAAGGGGUCCAGCUGGAGUGUAAAGGUGAGGGAGACGUGUGGGUGCGAUGCCUCAGUGACCACGCAGUGUUUGUCCAGAGUUACUACCUGGACAGAGAGGCCGGCCGGGCCCCCGGAGAUGCUGUUCACAAAAUCUACCCCAGCGCUUACAUCAAGGUGUUUGACCUUCGUCAGUGCCACAGACAGAUGCAACAGCAGGCUGCUACAGCUCAAGCAGCAGCAGCAGCCCAAGCAGCAGCUGUGGCUGGAAAUAUACCUGGACCUGGAUCAGUGGGAGGGAUCGCUCCAGCCAUUAGUCUGUCAGCAGCAGCCGGUAUCGGGGUAGAUGACCUCCGGAGGCUGUGUAUCCUCAGGAUGAGUUUUGUUAAGGGCUGGGGGCCCGACUACCCCCGCCAGAGCAUUAAGGAGACCCCAUGCUGGAUCGAGAUCCACCUGCACAGAGCCCUUCAGUUACUGGACGAGGUCCUGCACACUAUGCCUAUAGCAGACCCACAGCCCCUGGACUGAGUUCUCAAUGACUGCAGCAUCACACUGCAAACACACAGUGGCGAUGGAUAGUCUUCCUCAGUGGACUGUAUUGGGUGGAGAAGCCAGUGAAUGAGUUGUGAAGCUGUGACACAGAAGCUGUCCCACAUGAAAAAUAUUUUCAGGUGUGUUUGAGGCACCUUUGUGCACUGUGGCCCCUACUUUUGCUUUUUGAGCAAGACCAGAUCCAGUAACACCAAAGCCAUAUAUUAAAGAUAUCUUUAUUUUUGAUAGAUGGCUUUGGUUUGGGAGGACUAGAAUGGUAAACUGUAGGACUAGAGAAAGAUGUCUCAAGUAACUACAAGUCUAAUGCACCACAACAUGCACAUAGAUGACCUGCAGAUCCCAUGAAACUGGAAUGUACAUCAACUCCUCAGCGCCCCAGGAGUCCACAACCGCCAAAAACUAUGCACAGGCAUGAGAUUCACUGAACAAUACAAGAACAUCUGAGUGCUGUGCAGCUGCAGGAUGGUACACAGAGGCUCUCAUAUCCAGUGUCCAGGCACCAGAGUACUGCUGAUUUUCUGUUGUGUUGGUUUUCGUUACAGACUGAUUCACACUCUGUAUGACAAGCAAGUUCAGUCGACUAGUCAGGAUGAAUAGAAAAGCAGCAGAACUCUGAACUGUAAGCAGAACUACUCGACAUCAUGUUGACCGCUGACUCUCAGCCACUGGACAGUGUUGGGGACCAGCCAGCUGGAUCAUACAAGAUAUUCACAGCCAUCCACAAAUAUCACAGAGAAUGAAAUGACAUGCACCAUGAGCUGAAACAGGUCAAGUCUAGGACUUUUCUGAGUCAGGUAUUGUCAAACUAUAGGUUUGGACUUUAAAAGGUAGUUGUAGGUCUGUGCCUGUGGGUGGCUAAUAUUUUUUCCCCUUCUCUAUAAGACCAGAUGUGGAGCAAAACACUCAGUUGAGAAUGCCCUUCUCUACACUAAUGCUGCAGGUUUUUUGGGGUGUUAUAACAUCAUGAUUUAGAAAGUAGAAAGCGAUACAAUAUAUCUGUCCUUACUGACUCACUGUGAUUGUAUAAUUUCUCAAAAAGAACACACACACACAAGUGAUAACAAGAUGCUCAUUUAAGCAGCCGUUCAUCAUUGGUCACUCUCCACUGUCUGUUCAGGUAUGGUUACUGUUUUGGAAAACGCCCUCUUUGAUGCUGCCACAAAGGAUGAAUCUCAUACGCUUUCUGUGAAUUCCUUUUGGCUUUUUCUCCUGCUGAGAGCAGAAACAAAAAGCAGUCUGGAUGCUUCUGGUUCAAUGAGAUUGACGGAAAAAAAGCAGAGAAGAGGCAGACAGUUGAUAUCAGAUGUCUGAGAUUUAAUCACAGUACAAGAGACGAGAGGUUUGGCAAACCAAAAAAAAAAAAAAAAAGACUUAAAGUCUAGUGUGAUCUUGAGAGUGACAAGCCCAGUCAGCUGCUGGACUUUGCUCUCGUUACAUUAAUAUGGAGACUUCUUUGAAUUUCAGUGGUUUUUAUGUUUAUUUGUAUUCAUUGUAAUUUCAUUGAGUUUUAUCUCCAAGCACACCUGACAGCCUCUGCACACAAGCUGAGAAUCAUUGUACUUAAAUAUCUUAUGACUUGCAGCCCACUUCUAUGCUACUUGAUCCAGGUCACUUUUGUAUAGUUUACUGACAAAGAUGAGAGCAUUUAAGACAGUUUCCCAGCAAUAUGGAUAUAUUUUCAUGGUUUUAUUUUUGUUACUUUUAUCAAUUGUAUUAUAUUUUUAGCACUUUACUUUUUUCCUUGAUUUUAAUGAAAUAACCCUUAUUUUGAGGUGGUUGUCCUGCGGUAUGAAUAAUAAGGGACUGAAUAGGUUGGUGUAUAUUUUAUAUAGGAUUGUGAGCAGAGGCAACAUUGUGAUGCAUUUGUAUUGAAAACAUCUGUAACACUAAGACACCUUUUUAAACAUCUGUUUUUGCCCUUUCACUCUAUAGACAUUUACACACAUCUGUAGGGAUUCUUUCGGCUGUUCUGAGUUGAAGUCUUUUUGAUUUGCAGUUGUUUUUUUUCCCUUUUAAUCCAUGUAAAUAGCUUUGUGUUUGAAAUGCAUGUCAAUGGUUUGCAUGAAUUUUAAUGGCAAAUAGACCCCUUUAUCCCUACCCCCUGUUUGAAAUCACUUUACCUGUCAUUACACAGGGAAACUAGGCUAUGAGGAGAGUAGAAACCAGCACCUGUCGUACCCUGGCAUGUUGCUGCUUUCAGCAUUAAAGGCACAGGGGGAAGCUACAUGUAAAUGAUUCAAUUUAAUCAUAUAAACUCAACUUUUUAGCACCCAGGCUCCUAAAAAAGGUGAUUUGUCUCCCAAGACCUAAUUUUGUAACUCCUUAAGUCAUUAGUAAGCAAUUUCUCUUCAAAAGUAAAAUGGGUACAAGUAUGAUAUUUUCUCUCUUGCCAGUGUUGAAGGUGAAGGUGCCCUCUCCUCUGCCCUGCGCUGCAUGUGAUACUCUCUAUUACACUGUUUUUUUAAAGGCUUUUCCUAUAGAAUACACACAUUGAUUCAGGAAACAAAUUUCAUUUAUUCUCAUGUUGUCACAGACAUCUAUUCAUGCUCAAUAUUUAUUUUUUUUAAAUCAGUUUGUGUUUUUGUCCCUACACAGGUGUGUUCUCUUUUUAACAGUGCUGUUUUGGUGGGUUAUAGCUGAAAUGGGAAAAUACUCAUUUGAUUUGUUCAAGGUUUAGUUGAAAUUUGGGUUUGUUUGGUCACUUCCAGUUGAUAGGUAAACUAGGCAGAGGGCUGCUUUGUCUCCUCUCUGUUCUAUCUUUAAUUAUUUCGCUUUAAUUUAAAAAGCAUUGUUUAAAAAAAAAAAAAGUUUAUCCUACAUCAGGGACUAAAAGAGUCAAACUUUGGGAUGUAUUCACCUAAUUAUGCAUCUGAUUAAUCAAAUGACAGGAAACAGGAUAUUUUCAGAUGAUGUGUUACUGAAAGAAAUGAUGCUGAAUUCUGUCUGGAGAGUAAUAAUGUGUUAUAUUCUGUUGUGCUUUAAGGUGGACAGAUGUUUUUAUAUUACUUGCAGUUAUUAUAGGAGCCUAAAGACACAGCUCGAAGGAGUUGAUGUUGACUACUACGACAGAUUGCAGAUAUAAAUUUUACCUGUAUUUCUUAUGUGAGAGUCUAUAAUUAAACAUGGCUUGAUAUUCUCUAA